GAUAACCGCUCCCACACACGUGACACAACGUGUAACAGUUCUGAAGUUGUCUGAUUUUAUAAGCUUUGCUUCCUAAUCGUUUGUUUCAGAAUGAAAUGGCAAGUCACGUUACCCAGGCGAAACAGAGGGCGUUCGUGUACUAUAUUUUAAAAACACUUUAACCUUCGAAAAAGGAUUUCAGACACGAUGUUUUGGUUCAUGGAAGGGAUGUGUUUUUUGCCGGUUUCACUGGUGAUUUGGUCGUCCUCUUCUUUUAUAGUGUCAUAUAUUACGGCGUUACUUGAACGUCAUGUAGAUCCGGUGUUCCCGUAUAUAAGUGACACAGGCACAGAGCCUCCAGACAGUGGGAUUUUUGGAGUAAUGAUUACGCUGGCCUCCUUUUUGGGAGUGGCUACAAUGUAUACGAGGUACAAGUUCUUGGAAAAGUUAAAUGAAACUACACAUGCUAUUUCUACCAAACUGAACAAGUCGGCACUAUUUUUGGGGAUAAUUGGCUGCUUGGGGAUGUGUGUUGUUGCUACUUUUCAGGAAACAGUUAUUACUUUAGUUCAUGACAUUGGUGCCAUUAUUGCAUUUCUCGCCGGCGUCAUAUAUAUUUCUCUGCAAUCUAUCAUCUCUUUCAAGAUGUACCCUUCAGGGAGCACUCUGAUAGUGUGUUACAUCCGGAUGGGCAUCUCAGGCAUUUCCAUAAUUGCUGUUGUCCCAAUGAUUGUGUGUGCUUUAAUGGUGCCAAGAACACAGCUGCAUUGGGAUCCAGAUGAAAAGGACUACCCGUUACACCUGGUGAGUGCAGUUUGUGAGUGGAUAGUAGCCUUUGGCUUUGUCUGUUAUUUCCUGACCUACAUAAAAGAAUUCCAGAAAUUCACACUGAAGACCAAGGCAGAGUUCAUUGAUUGUUACUGAAAGAGGAGAGCACUUUAAUACAUUUAAUAGACUUUUACAGAUUGGGACAUACUGUUUUAAGCAAAAUGCUGCAAACUUACAAUCACUAUAUUUGUACAAUAUUUAUUUUGUAAUAUGAUUUUAUGUGAUAUAACAUGCAUUUUUAUGAUAGCAAUGUUUUGCUGCAUCCCAUUCAUCUUGUUCCAUUUGGAGAAAAAAAAAAAAAAAAUUAUCCACACUUUUAAAAUAAAGAGU